UGACAAGAUAGUAGUUUUAUUUGAAUAGAAAAUUCCAAAAAUAAAUAUUCAACUCCAAAAUACAUUCAAAAAGAGCAAAAAUGGCGGCUCGCUGGGUAUUUCCGAGACGUCACAACUGUAUUUCCCUAAAGCUCGUGUUGUGUUGAUUGGCGUAAGUUUAUUUAUAGUUGUCGGUAGUGUGAUUUUUCAUUGCAUAUUUUAGUGAAAAAGUAUCACGUUUUGCAAUACCGGCUAAAAUUUGGGCUUAUAAUUUGUGGUUAAGUACGACGGAAACUUAGAAAAAUGUCGAAGACACAUCUUAACUUAAAGUCAGUGUUUAACAAGGAGAAAACCUUUCGUCCUAAGAAGCAUUUUGAACCAGGAACUAUAAAAUUCGACCUGCACAAAAAAGCUCAGGCCAGUUUACGUUCAGGUUUGGAUUUGAAAGCUAUUGUUGUUCUUCCAUCUGGUGAAGAUGAAAAUGAUUGGAUCGCCGUUCAUGUCGUGGAUUUCUUCAACAGGAUCAACCUGAUUUACGGAACUGUGUCCGACUUCUGCACAAAUGAGUCAUGCCCUAUGAUGUCCGGUGGCCCUAAAUAUGAAUACAGGUGGCAAGACAAUGAUAGAUACAAGAAACCAACCAACUUAUCAGCGUCUAUGUAUGUUGCUGAACUUAUGCAGUGGAUUGAACAUUUAAUUAAUGAUGAGGCCAUCUUCCCCACUAAAGUUGGGACUCCUUUUCCCAAAUCCUUCAAAACCACUUGCAAGAAGAUAUUGACGAGAUUACACCGUGUGUUUGUACAUGUUUAUAUUCAUCAUUUUGACAGAGUACAUAGCAUGGGGGCUGAAGCGCAUAUCAACGCUUGCUACAAACAUUUCUUCUACUUUGUUAAAUGUUUUGGACUUGUUGAUAAAAAGGAACUUGAACCAUUGAAAGAGAUGCAAGCAACAAUAUGUCACACAUAAUAACAUUAUGACAUCAUACUGUUUAUUGACGAGUGCGUAAACUGCAGCGUGAUGUCAUUUCCUGCUACGUCGAUUGCAUCAUUUCCUGUUUAAAGGUGUCCGGCAUGAGUGAGUCAAACAUGACAUGUCAAUUCUCAGCUAAAUAUAAACGUGGACUUUUAUAAAUCACUGAUUAAAACUCUAUGUCUAUGGAGUAGCUGACUCACACGCUGGUCUGGUUUAUUAAAAGCAUUCGUUAUAAUAAUGCAGCUCUGUGGUUCAGGUUCCCAAACUGUUUUUGUUGCGAAAUAUUUGAAAACGUUUCCUGAUUUGCUGCGCAACAGGGACAUAAAAAUUAAUAAUGAUAUUUAUUACCAAAGUUAUAUUCGUUAAUCCAACAAAAUAGAAUAUUAUGCGAUAGUGUGGACUAGCGAGUUUGGUAGAAGACCAAGAUUUGUAUAAAAACACAUUUAAAAAUAACAUUUAAAUAUCGAAACAAACCACAAGGGUCCCAACGGACAGUUUGAGAACCACUGCAUUAACCUGUUAUAGAUUUAGCUAACUCAAAUUAGCUUUGCAGUAUAUACUCUAUUUAAAUGAUCAAUCACUUUGAAAUACUUUUUUCUUUCUGCCGAAUUUUGUUUUUAUUUCUUGCAGCCUAUUGUCGCAUUGUAGCUUUUUCCAGUGUUCACAGUUUUAUAAAGGUUUUCUAACUGAUCAUUGGAUUUUGCCAUUUUGCAUCACUGUAAAUUUUUACAUUUAAAAAACUUUGUCAAUUGUACUGCGAGUACCUUCUAUAUCCUGAUCUGUUUUUGAUACAUUACAUAAAAUAACAUACUUUUCAUUGAGUUUUUACUAAUUCUCACAAAAUACGAUCAAAAUUCAAAAGAUAUUGCUUUAACAACAUAUACAUAUAGUACUGUAGGAUAAGAUGGGACGUCGUUAGCACAUAAUAUUUCAUAUUUCCUGAUCUUUUUUUAAACGAUUAACAACGCUCAUUUAGAGUCGUGAGAAUACGGUUAUAUAAUUAUGUAAAUUUUUGAUGUUUACCUACCGAAUAAGUUCCCAUCUUACCCCGCCCUACUGUAUGUACAUGUAAACCAUCUUACCCCAACCUAUUUUAAACUGUAAAUACCAAUCACUAAACUGGUCAAUUUACCAAGUAACACCAUAUGUGCCAAGUUCAAUAUUUUCAGAACAGACAAACUACAAACUAAACUUUGCAUGAUUUGACUUGGGAGUUUUUUUACGCAUUUUGUCGUUAUUAUUGUAAUAUGCGUCAGUUUUAUUUCUUCUGUCCUUUUCUCAUUCCAUGUUUUCACAUAAUAUUGUGCAUUUUUAUUGCAACUGGCUUGUUAAGUAUUGUAAUUUUUUAGAACACUUUGUUUUUGAAGUUCUCAACAGUCAUUGUGGCUUUGAAUAAUUUUUUUUGUUAAAUGUAUAAUCGGUAUUCUAAAUAAACUUGAUCGUGAAUUUU